GGGCCGGGCGCGGACGGCGGGGCGCUAGCGCUGCGCGCCCUGCAGGUGGCGCCGCGCGCCCGCCGCUGGGGCUGUGGGAAGAGGAACCGAGCUGGGCCUCGCCGCCUCCUGCGCUCGACUUCCCGGCCGGGAGCGCGCGGCGGAGCCGAGGCGUCUGUGCGGCGCCGCCAUGGGGAAGCGGGACAACCGGGUGGCUUAUAUGAAUCCUAUAGCCAUGGCCAGAUCACGAGGUCCUUCCCAGUCUGCAGGGCCAACAAUACAGGACUACCUGAACAGACCAAGGCCUACAUGGGAAGAAGUGAAAGAACAACUAGAAAAGAAAAAGAAAGGAUCAAGGGCAUUGGCUGAGUUUGAAGAAAAGAUGAAUGAGAAUUGGAAGAAAGAACUAGAAAAACACAGGGAGAAAUUAUUAGGUGGAAAUGAGAGCUCCUCCAAGAAGAAAGAGAAAAAGAAAAAGGAAAAGAAGAAAUCAAAUAGGUUGUCUUCAUCUUCCUCUUCUUCAUCAAGCUCUGAUUCUUCCAGCAGUUCAUCUGAUUCUGAUGAUGAGGAUAAGAAACAAGGGAAAAAACGGAGAAAGAAGAAGUAUCGCUCCUUGCGGAAAUCUUCUGAAAGCUCUACUUCUGAUUCUGAAUCAGAUAGCAAGGCCUACCAGAGUAAGAGCAGUGUCUUUGCGUACUGCAGGGCAAGGACAGAAGCAGUUGUACAUAAUGUUCAUGUGAAUUUCCAGGACAGCACAAAAAAGAAAAAAUCAAAGGAAGAACAUGAAAGAGAAAAGGACAACAAAAGUCUUAGUAGGAAAAGGAAGAAAAUUGAUCGUGGGAAUGGACCUUUAUCAUCUGAGUCCUUAUCAGAGUCAGAUCCUACAGAGGAGGUACAAGUGAAAAAGAAAAAAAACAGUGAAGAAAGAGAGAAAGUAACAGCAAGUAUCAUUCCUAUUCUCAUAUAUUUAGAAAGCGUCUUAACUAUGUGAAAAAUUCGCAGGAUAAAACAAAAAAGAGAAAGAAGCACAAGAAACACAGUAAAAAGAAGAAAAAGAAGACAGCUGGUUCAAGUUCAGAUUCAGAAUAACACUUAAAAAUCAAGCCUGUCCCUUCAACAAAAGUGCAAUGACUAAAGGAAACUUCAACUGUGAAAAUUAUCGCAAACUUUACCACACUGCAUGAGUUUUCCAGUGUUUUAGAAAUAUUACUAGACUUUCAAUAGCCAGCCAGGUGCUAAUGUGCCCAAAAAAUCCAUUGUUGUUGCCUGCUGCUUAAUACCUGGGGUACAAUUUUUUUUUUAAUACAGUAGCCAGUGUUAGGAGAUCAUGAGAGAGGGUGGUCCAGCUAAAAUGUAAAAUAUUAGGAAAUAGAGUGCAACUUUUAGAUACUAAAAAUAGUGUUUUAACAAGUUAGUAAUAUAGUCCAAUUUUUAAAUCUGCAAAAAUAAAAUAAAAAAUUCAUCUUGAAGAGGAAUAUAACAUAAGACUAUUGAUACUUGCUGACUACUAAUGCCAUUUGUGAAAUGGGAAUAGAAUAGUAACAAUUUUAAAGGUUACUUUUGUAGAAGUAUUUAUGAUAAUUUUGCCCUUUUUUUCUUUUGGGAGUGUUACCAUUUUGGCUAGCUGAAUUAGGGUGCCUUUGAUCCUUGCAAAAUCUAACUAUUUUUAACAGUACAACAGCUAUAUUUCCUAGGGAGAUCAGAACUGGUAUCAGCAGGUUUUUCCUGAAUAAACAAUUCUGGGCCUCUAGCAUGUACUUCUUCAUUAAGUAAGAGCAGUGACACACUGCAGCAUAACUUGACAUCCAAAAAUUAAAGACUUUACCUCCACUUUAUUGAAAUGAUGCUGAAUACUGUGCUAUUAAUAUGCAUUAUAUCAUUUAAAGUAAUUUUGAGUUUAACUGAACAUUUUUGACAAACACUGGUAGCUUUUUUCCUUUGCAUUGUCAUUGAGAUAUUUAGAAUUAUUUUGUAUGUUUUGUACCAUUUUUAAAUAACGUACAGGUAUUCAGUUGUAACUAGUGAUUUUUUUUUAAUGAAUUAUGUUCCAGGUGUGGAGUUUCAUGUAUGUAUUUACUUUAUUCUUAUAGUAAGUUCAUUUGCUGUGAUAAAAUGCACACUUGCUGAAAAUAUUUAGCAUGUAAAAAGCAGGGUUUUGAUAUCUAACAGCUUCAUAUUGAAGCUGAUUUUACUCUAAGCAAGUUCAGUGGCAGACCUGUUAUGCGGAUGUGUCUUGUUAUAUAAAACUACUGCCAGAAUCUCAGUAAAGAUACUCUUUAAAAAGUUUGUCUUUGUAUUUUUGGACCACCAGACCAUGGAAUAUUGACACAAACAGAUUGAGCUCUUUUACUUGCACCUGCAACUACUUCAGUAACAAAAA